UUGUCGUAGACACCAACCGGGGACAGGGACAUCAUGGAGACGCCGCACACAGAGCAUCUCAGUUCGGCGGACUUUGAGCACGUUUAUGCGCCGGCGGAGGAUUCAUUUUUGCUGCUGGACGCACUGGAAGCAGAUCUUGAAUUUCUGGACACGCUGCAGCCGCGUCUCUGCCUGGAGAUUGGCUCCGGCAGCGGCGUCAUCAUCACGGCGCUGGCCAAGCGUUUUGCCCACUCGGCUCUCUGUCUGGCCACGGAUCUCAAUCCCCGUGCCUGCGAUGCCACCAAACGCACUGCGAUCCACAAUGCUACGUUGGACAGCAUACGUUGCAAUCUGGCGGAUGCAAUCCGUAAACGUUCCGUGGAUUUGCUGCUCUUCAAUCCGCCAUAUGUGGUCACCAGCGACGAGGAGCUGCAAUCCCAGCUAUUAACCGAUUGUCAAACGGUUACGGGCACACCCGCAACUCAACGCCAUCUCGUUCACUCCUGGGCGGGAGGAAGAGACGGACGACGUGUCACGGAUAUUUUACUGGGGCAACUGGACGAGAUUCUAUCGCCCAACGGAGUUCUCUAUUUGUUGUUGCUGCGCGAGAAUAAACCGGAUGAAAUAAUCGAGCAAUUAAUCCAAUCGCACUUUAAGGCUGUCAAGUACAUGGAACGACGCAUUCCCGGCGAAUAUCUCUAUAUACUUAAAGUCACUAGAUCUAUUAGCUAAUUCCAUGUGUUGCUUAUUCUAAUAAAGUGCAAUUCUUUCACCUUGAAAAUCUAA